AUGCCCAAGUCAACACCCAACAAAAGAUGGACAGACUGGACAUGGGAAUCCUGGGCGUUUGCGGCCUCUGUGGUGUCACUCGCCGUUAUGAUUGCUCUAUUGCGCGUCUUUGACCAAAAGCAAGUGUUUGUAUGGAAUACUAUCACGCUAAACACUAUCGUUUCCAUCCUCUCGUUGAUUACGAAAGCGAACCUAGCAUACAUACUCGCCGAGUGCAUGGCGCAAUGGAAAUGGAUUCUAUUUGCCGACGAAGAGCGACCACUCAUAGACUUUGACCGCAUUGAUGCGGCGACUCGAGGCCCGCUCGGAAGUUUAAGAGUUCUAUUACGAACAAAGAGAGCACUGAGUUUACAAUUCGGUGCUGCCUUGACUUUAUUGGUGGUUGGGCUGGAUCCAUUUGCCCAACAGCUUGUGCAGCUUCAACAAAACGUCGUAUUUGAGCGACGUAGUGCCCAGAAACUUGGUGAUGUUGCGCUUGUCUCUCGGGCACCAUCCUACUCUAUGGGACAAAUCACAGUAUCGCAAGAGACUGUCGUGAACUCGACAAAAUUUAACUACACCGUUAUCGACACCCAGAUACCGCUGUCGAUGGAAUCUGCCAUCUUGACUGGGCUAUCUCGAUCACCAUGGGAAGUGGCACGUGAGGCCCUCGUGCAAUGCCCAACAGGAAACUGUACAUGGGAUCAAUUCAACACACUUGGGGUUUGCCACAAGUGCAACAAUAUCACUUCAGAUCUAAGGCGUGUUAAAGACUUUGGAGAUGCCUUGUUUGCUCUUGGUAAAUACCGUCUCGACGGCUACAAUGUUCCAAGUACCGCCUUUUCUUUACCUAAUGGUCAUUUCAUUGCCAACAUUGAUGGAUGUCCGCCCUACAGUGGCCCAUUUGCGAAAUGCGAUAACGAACAGCCCUUGGGUAUCUAUAGUGAUGAGAAGUAUGUCACGACAUCAUUUGGCACGGGCAACCCAAACAAGACCAACACGAUGAAAGAUAUCGAUACCUUAAUCUGGUCAAUGAGUGUUAUAUACCCUGAUGUUGACUGGGUUAACAAAACGUCUCCAAACAAUAUGGGGACAGAGGAUAGCGACUCGAUUAAAUGGCCAAAUAUGCCUUUACACGCUAUGGAAUGCGCAGUUCAUUACUGCGUAAAGACUAUAGACUCGGCUGUGGAGGGAAACCAGCUAAACGAGAAUAUCACAGAGGCUGCUGAUGCCCUUCGAGACCCCGACUCCUGGCGGCGUGGUUCUGAGCGCGAGAAUAAUCUGUCCGAAAAUAUCCCACCUGACGACGAGGCCGACAGCAUGGAGUUUGAUAGUCGAUACUCAACCGCAGGCUACUCAGAACUUACACUCAGAUUUUCAAAUAACGACACAGAGCCAUGGUAUAGCAUACAGCCAGAUUCAGUCUUUUCAAUCAAUGCAUAUUUUCAACAACUUUUGAAAAGAAACUACACGGGAGGAAGCAGGAUGAAGAGGGAGAUGGAGAAGAAGCUUGGGAAAGGAGCUGUCGGGAUCACUGGUGCCUCGAUAGGGCUCAAACAAGAAGAUUUAUCUUCGAAAGCCUCUCCACCAGCACUUAAUGGUAUUUGGUCUUGGACUAGGACUAACAUGACAAGCACCUUCGAGGCGCUGGCCACCAGCAUGACUAAUGAGAUGCGACGAAAUUACGAUCCCAGACGCUUACAACAGUCUGGACAAGACAUGAGCCGUUUUCGAGACGGGACUAUGACCCAGCUGGGCAGUGUGGGACUGUUAACUGUCGUGUAUGAUGUCCGAUGGCCGUGGAUUGUACUCCACGCGGCCAUGCUUCUUUUGGUUGCCGUCUUCCUCUGUAUCACAAUGGUGAAUUCUAGGCCAUCGGAAGCCACGCCAUUGUGGAAGAGCAGUACGCUGGCGACUCUUCGUCGUGGUUACCAAGUUGGUGAUGUAUUGGCAGGUGCGGAUACUAUUGGGGAAAUGGAGACAAAGGCCAAGAAAGUCCAUAGCAAGGUGCAGCGCACAGAUACUGAUAGAGAUGUUUUAUUGCAGAGGCUAAGUAAUAACCUUCCGCGUUACGAGUAG